CGAUGAUAAAAAAUACUUGAAAUGACAUUUAGAGCUAAAAUCCACGCGUUAAAAUGAAAAGCCGCAGUUUCCUUUUCAUUUUCUUGGUUCAGGUAAUUUUACCUUUCUCGUCUUUGGCAGAAGGGCCUGACGUAGUAUUGGGUGAAAAAUGGCUGAACAUCAAUGGCACAGAAAUCAAGGACCUGACUUCUAAUCCUCGCUACCUUAAAAACGCCGAUAAAAGCAGCUAUUUUUCUCUCUUCAAGGAUUACAGGCCGAACGAAAAAUAUAAUAACCAUGGGGCUCGAUACCGCUCAUAUUUAUUAGCACAGGAGACUGGCAACUACACGUUUUAUACCUUCUGUGACGACAGCUGCCGCUUGUAUCUGAGUAUUGACGUCAAUCCCAGAAAUAAGAAAGAGAUUAUUGAUCAAACGAAAAAUGUGCCCAUUGUGAACGAGAUAAACUGUUGCAGCAAAUUAGAAGAAUGCCAAAUAUCUCCUCCUCAAUACCUAGAGGAGUCACGACUCCACUACAUAGAACUUUUGUUUAAGCAAGGCAUAGGAAAUUCGAGGAUGUUUGUAGCCAUGAAGACACCCAGUGGCCACAUGGUGUUGCCAAUCAAUAGCACACAUUUGGUGAAACAGGUACCCCUGUACGAUAUUCCUGGACAUAAUUGUAAAACCGAAGGAGAUCCCAGGUACCCCGUUUACGUAAACUGCACGGCUUUUUCGGAUACGCAAAGGGUUGACAGUGCCGUUUCUUUAUUAAGAGAUUUGAGGUCUCGUGUGAACAACGAUACAAGUCCUACUGAUGAUUUUCUCCAUUCGGUGAUGAAGACUGCUGGAAAGAGGACCAGUGAUCUGCUCGAAGAUCUAGAGAACAUUGGUGUGAACCAGAACGCUUCUGAAUCAAACCUGGGUUUUACAAUCGCCAGAGAGGUUGAACGUCUCGGAGAAAGCAUUGCCUCUCGUGUGAGCAACGAUACCCCAAUGAUAGCUGUUGAUUAUUCAAGUUUAGAUAUGAAAGCAGGCUAUGGAAAUCUGGACGCUUCCUUCGAAAGCUCUAUACUCUCGAGUAAUUCUGAAAGCAAAAACAGCAUCACCAUUUCUAUGGGAGAUUCAACACAAGGAAAGGAUGGUACACGAUUCUUUUCAGCAUUUUACAGGUCGUUGGGGAAAGUUCUUCAAAUAAACAUUAGCCACGUAUACAGCAAUGAAUCCAGCCAGCAAGUGCCUUACUUUUUGAACAGCAAAAUCAUAUCAGGAUCAGUAGUUCAUGAUUCAGAAAAGUCGUUCACUGGCCAAGUUACCAUUCGAUUGGAACACACACAGUUCAAAAGCUUGGAGUACAUGUCUAUGGAGUGCGCUUUUUGGAGAUUUCCGGAGGGAAACGCGGGUAAGUCAUCGGGCUACUGGUCGACUGAUGGAUGCAACAAGGACGAGGAGCUUUCAAACGCUGCAGCCACAGUGUGUCACUGUCACCACCUCACUCACUUUGGUAUACUUAUGAGAGUUACUGAUGAUACAGAGGUAACCCAGCCAGGUCAGCCUCAUGUUCAAGCCUUGCAGCUCAUCACAUAUAUUGGUUGUGGUCUAUCGCUUUUAGGAGAAAUUCUUACUUUUGUUGCAAUCAUGUGUCUCAAGUUGACUAAAUCCGAAACAAGCAUAAUUCAUCUGAACCUUGUCGCAGCGCUGGCAGUUGCUCAGAUCACUUUCCUGACCGGGAUCGAGGCCACACAGAACAAGGCAGCUUGCAAGAUCGUGGCCGUCCUUCUUCAUUAUUUCAACCUUGUCUCGUUCUGCUGGAUGUUGGUCGAGGGGGUUUGGCUCUACCUGAUGAUAGUAAGAGUGUUUGAGACAGGACACAGCAGAAUAAAGAAGUACUGCGCUUGCGCAUGGGGAUUUCCAUUUGUAUUCGUCGUGAUCACAUUAUCUGCAAGUUUCGACGGAUACGGUACAGAAAGAAGUUGCUGGUUAUCUGUUCAGAAAGGAACCAUUUGGAGUUUCGUCGUACCUGUUAUCCUUAUUGCUUUGGCAAAUUCGAUCGUACUUGGGAUGGUUGUUAAGGAGAUUCUCAGGUUGAAUCAUCCAACGACAGAAAAUGGCGCAAAAUAUCAGUCUGCAAGGUCAGGUGUUCAGUCAGCCAUUGUACUCCUACCUUUGUUGGGGAUUACUUGGUUAUUUGGAGUAUUGACAUUCAACAGCAACACUUUGGUCUUUCAGUAUCUAUUCGCCAUUUUUAACUCGAUACAGGGAUUUUUUAUCUUUUUGUUUCAUUGUCUUCUGAACUCCGAGGUGAGAAGAGCCUUUCAAAGGAAAAAGAAAAUAUGGUCAGAGUCGCAUGACGCUUUCCAAACACAUUCAAUGACUCCACAAAACUACAAUGACAUCUCCAAAGAAACCCUCUCCACUGGAAACGACAUCGGGGUAAAUGACGAUAAACUGAAUAAUUUCACAAAGUACAAUAAGACCAAUACUGAGUGCAUAGCGUGAGCCAAGUCAGCUACACAGCUUUUCACGAUGAUAUGAAACUGUUUGCAAUGAAACCGAUAUUCACUGAGCAAGGCGGCGAUAAAAGGCUAAUCUUAAAACAGAAAAUGGGUCCCUUUCAGGAGAACUCUGACAAUGAGAAGUUGAACCUUUCACCUAAUCAACUGAUAGCAUUAAACCAAUUCGUUGACUAAACUUAACAACAUUCUGAAUACGCUUAUCAAAUGGCACUAGAAACGUGCUAUUUCUACAACUAUUUCUCCCCCUUCACAAGAAACCGAUGUUGCCAUAAUUUUUUCUCCUAUUCCAUUCAUCUUGGUAAAAUUGCUUGUUUGGAAAACAAAAUUUAAAUUCUACGAUAUCUUGUUUUAUUUCUGCGUAAUCCUAAUUCUCACUGGUAGUAAAUGCCCUCAGUAAGAGUGCACAGAUCUCGCAGCUCUACAUUGGAUUUCAAGCUGUUGAUUUUUUUCGUUUUAGCGACCCGGAUCAGCGGUCUCUGCCAAGUCCGAUUUGUCUCAUAGACCUUAAAAGUAAGUUGCAGACUGCGCAUGCCGUUGCUGGAUGACUGGCAUAAAGUAUUUCAAAUUAUUUAACUCUUAAAGACUUGAUUAGAAAUAACCCCCUCUGGCGGCUAUAUAUUGUUUUUGUACAUCAGUUUAAAGAAUUUGGUUUUAAGACCAAGGUAAAACUGGCUAUUUUCGCCCUCUUUGCGUCCCACUAAGUACUCCCAGAGUUUCGAUAAGUUAUGUGCCAGUGUAAGGUGUAGUUACGUGUUUAUCACGUCUGCAAGUGUCACAAACACAAUCAUGGAUCAUUAAAAAAGGGCAAACAGUUUACCAUGUAUGGAAAUAAACAUAUCACGAUAACAAUGCCUGUAAACUCCCCCCCCCCAAAAAAAGAAAAAAA